AUGAAAUUAGAAGAAAAGCAAUUGGCUUUUGAUGAACUUGUAAGCCAAAAUGAAAGAAAUGAAAAAAAUUUAAUUGAAAAAGUAAUUGAAAAACAAAAAGAAAUUGAUAAACUUCGAAAGAACGUGGAAGACAGAGAGAAAGAAAUGGACAUGUAUAUUCAAAAGGAGAAGGAAAUGAAUGAUUUUAAGGAAGAAUUAAAAGACAAGAUAUUACUUUUCGAUAGAAUUUUGAGUCUAAAUGAAAGACAUGAGAAAGUAGUAGUUGAAAAACAAAAAGAAAUUAAUGAACUUAAAAAGCAAUUGGAAGACAAAGAUAGGGAAAUGGACAGGCGUAUUCAAUACGAGAAGCUCACCAACUGUGGUCAGAUCACUGGAAAAGAAGACAAAGCAGAUCCUCUCGAGGAGGAACUUGGAGAGAAGGAACAACACGAGAUUGAAGAGCUCCUGAAGGAGUUGAAGAAGAAGCAGCGGGAGAUUGAGGAGCUUUCGUGUCAAAACCUGAGACAAGAGGAGGAACUACAAACGAAGCAGAAGGAAGUUGAACUGAUUAAGAACCUGAUGGAACAAGAUCGGGCCCAGCACUUGGAGUACGUGGAAUCUUGCUUUAGGGAAAUAAACGAGCGCAUAGGCAAGAAGAUCACAGAGAUGGAAGUAGAGGUCUUUUGUCUACACGAAGAAGUUCAGCAGAAGAAACAGAUGGCUGAAGGAACUUGGAGUCCCGUUGGAAAUUCUCAACGAGGAGACCGGACAAGUGAAGGAUGA